AUGGUCCGGGAUUGUCGGGAAGCGAAAUGUUUCGAAUGCGGGAAAUUUGGUCAUAUAGCCCCUUAUUGUCCGGGUAAGCAAGAGAAAUUGCGAUGUGCCAGCUGUGGAAGUUUUGGUCAUAAUAAGGAAGAAUGUAAUACGGGAAGUUAUAAUACCCGAGGGGGAUUUCCACAAAGGGGAACGGGACAAAGUACUUCAACUGUGCGAACUAUUGAAAGAGCCAGAGUGGAGGGGUUGGGGGUAUCUAAGCUACAAGGCGUUGGAGAGCACACAGCGGAAUGUUUUAAAUGUCAAGAACAGGGACAUGUAGCGAGAGAUUGUGGUAAUUGCUGA